AUGGAAGAUUACAUAUUGAGCACGCUCAAGGCCAUCAAAGAUCGUCUAGAAAACCUGCAGGCGCAGAGAAGAUACAUACCCAAUGCAAACAAGCCGAUGUUUCCGUUUGUCUCUGCCAUGGAUGUUCUAAACAAAAUUUCAAACGAAGAAGAUUAUUUGCACAGAGAAGCUUCUAAGCUGAAAGAGCAGCUGCCACUGCAUGGAGGAUCGCUGGGAAAAGACUCGCACUCUCUGGAAGUAGACACUCUAUUUUACUCUGAAAGAUAG